CACAAUUAAUUCAACAAACGCGAAAAGCAGCAUUAAAAUAAUAUUAUGACAAACAUGUAAAUUAUUGCUCGAUAUUAUAUAAUAUAUACAACCGUUUUUACACAGUUAAUCGAUUAAUCUCGCUUCUGACAGGGCUGACCUACUCGAACUACAAACACUAACCGGAAGUAGUUGACAGUAGUGUUUUUCUGUGCAAAACCAGAGAGGUGAGUGUUAACCAGAGACAGUACAAAGGGCAUGAAAUAAAGUAGUAGCUGUCCCGGUUAUUCAGUAGCAGGUUACAGAGUCACAACCACAGGUCGAGCUGCUGCAGAUGAGACUUCCUCUUCACUCCUUUUGCGUCUUCAGGAGUUUAUUCUCUCAAAGGCAGACGACAAACCCACAGCAGCGAGCCUUGAGCGGUGCAGCGAUGCGUCUGGUGCAGUUUCAUCGUCACGGUGACGUAGGGAGCAUCAGGGUGGGAGUGGAGCACGGCGAGGGGCUCGGCGUGGUGGAUCUGAAGGCGUUUGACCCCUCCAUGCCCUCGACAAUGAGAGAGCUGCUGGAGAUGGGAGACGAGGGUCUGGAGCGUGCACAAAGGGCCUUGUCGUCCGGUCAGUGCGUGGUGGAGCGCUCAGACAUCCAGCUGCUGUCUCCCGUGUUGGCCCCAGAGAAGGUGGUGUGCGUGGGUAUGAACUACCGGGACCACUGCCUGGAGCAGAACGCCCCGAUCCCCAAAGAGCCGAUAAUCUUCAGCAAAUUCCCCAACGCCAUCACAGGCCCGUACGAUGACAUCAUCCUGCCCUCAGAGAGCCAGGAGGUGGACUGGGAAGUGGAGUUGGCCUUUGUGAUCGGACGAAGAGGAAAACACAUCAAGGAGGAAGAUGCUCUCUCCUACGUGGCCGGCUUUACUGUGGCCAACGACGUCAGCGCACGUGACUGGCAGAUGAAGCGCAACGGGAAGCAGUGGCUGCUGGGAAAAACGUUCGACAGCUUCUGUCCCCUCGGCCCUGCGUUAGUAACCACAGGCGCCGUGAAAGAUCCUCACAACCUGGAUGUCCGCUGUCUGGUUAAUGGAGACACAGUGCAGAGCAGCAACACUGAUCAGAUGAUCUUCAAGACGGAGACGCUGGUCGCCUGGGUCUCAAAGUUUGUGACAUUAACUCCAGGAGACGUAUUCCUGACAGGCACUCCUCCAGGUGUGGGUGUGUUCAGAAAGCCACCUGUUUUUCUCAAGAAAGGAGAUGUGGUGGAGUGCCAGAUUGACCAAUUAGGCUCUAUAAUCAACAAAGUGGUCUAAUCCCUGAGACAGCCUGCAGAAAACACCAAGAAUCUAUGAAGGGCUGUCAGCUGUUAAAUAAACUGCACUUCUAAUCGACUGCUUCACACAAUUAAUAACUAUUAUCAGAAAGUUUGAGUUAUGUUUCUAAUAGACUGUGUGAAAACUGUAAACUCACGAUGAAUGUUUUAUUCGGGGUACUACAGUAAUUGAAAGGAAGGAAAACAUGGUAUUUUUACUACAUGAAACGGUGUAAUUACAUGACUCAACGCAGUGAUUUUGCAGCUCGACCUCGGUUAUUGAGUCACUGUCAUCACUAGCUGUAAAAAUACCCUCCAUCAGCAGCCACCCACUCCUGCUGUAGAGCAGAAACUGUGAACUUCCUGACAGUUUUGUUAUAUGUAAAAAAAAUAAAACAUGUUUGUAAUUAUGUUUAA